AAUGCUUUCAAAUGUGGAGCAAAUACAAUUCAUGCAGCUGCAAUAACAAUAAAGGUUUAACCCAUUUAUAGGUAACUGAGGUGUGUAGGCAUUGUUUAUGAACAAAUGUAGAGCAGCUGUAUUCAGUGCCAUUUCAGUGGAAAAAUAAAUGAAAUGACAAUUCCAAAUCACUAUCGGAAAAUCAGGACAUCAAAUUGUGUAUAUGUUGCGGUUAUCGCUAGUAAUACAAAUAGGUGUUGAACGGACAAUUCUUGAAGUAAUUUAGCUUGGUUUAAAAUACUUUGAACUGGUUAUGAAGAUAUUGUAAUUUUGAUCAAAUAUUUGAAGAAGAAAAAGAUUCUUAUUUCCUUUGUUCACCCUUCAUUAUCCCAAAACUGACAGACAAGGGCUCGCAUGACAUCUCAUUAUUUUAGGUUAAUCUAAACAAUAAUAAAAACAUUUAAUUUUCAAAUAUCACAAAUAUGCAAUAAUUAACGACAUCAAAUUGAAACCACUUUUGAAGUAGUGAAAAUGGAAUAUGAUUUUAAAAAAAUAUGUCGUGUCUGUCUAGUUGGAAGUGACAAGAUGAUGUCUUUAUUCAAAGUAAACGUUUCUAGGAAAUUAAUGGCUUGUGCUUCAGUACAGGUCUGGCCAAAUGAUGAACUGCCAGCACAAAUUUGUAAUAAAUGCUGUGCCAAGUUACAUGUUGCCUUUCAGUUCAAAAAGCUAUGCGAGAAGUCUGACUCUAAAUUGAGAACUUAUGUUGCACAAACUGAACAACUAAAAUCUAAAGAAAAACAAAUACACUCAGAAGAUUUGAAUCAGCAUUCAGUAGCUAUUAACAAUCAGGAUGUACUCAAUAAACAGCUUGAGGAACUGAAUAAACAUCAAAAUAUCCAUGAAGAUCAACUGCAACAGAAUUCAAUAGAUAAUAUGCAGACUCAGAGUGACUGUAGAUAUGUUGAAUGUAAUAGUGAUAUUGUUGAUGCUUACAUUCAAGACUCUUCCUACAUUCAGAAUGGACAACCUAUACAGCAAGGCAAUUUAGUUCCUAUUAAUAAUUAUAAUCCACCUAAUUCUACGAUUCACGUUCCACUGCAAAUUUCAAAUUAUAAUAUUUCAAAUGUUAUAUACAGUACAUCCUAUCCUAUCACACUGCAGCCCUUGCAACCUGCCUUGAUGCAUAAUCAGAUGAUUUCCUCAGUACCAAUACAACAAAUACAAUCCCAAACUCCACAAAAUAUUCAACAAAUGCCUGAACAGAUAACAUCAGUAUCUAAAGAAAUAACUACUGAGAAUAAUCCAAUUGAGGAGAAUUCAGAUAAAAUGAAAAAUUCGAAAAAACCUCCAGUGAAUCCAAACCAAUGUCCUGUUUGUUUCAAAAUAUUUUUGAAUUCGACUAAGAAAAAUAGACAUAUGAAAAUUCAUUCCAAAACAGAUAUGCCAUAUAAAUGUACAGUUUGUACCAAAGAAUUCAUGCAUGGUGGCAACUAUAAGAUUCAUAUGAGAAUGCAUAACAAUGAUAGGCCUUUUAAAUGCACAAUCUGUCCAAAAGGAUUUGUGCAAGCUCAGGAUUUAGAGAAGCAUAUGAGGACACAUACAGGUGAACGACCUCAUAAGUGUCCCAUGUGUUGGAAAGCAUUCUCGGCCGGUUCAAAUUUAAUAGCACAUAUACGAACCCACACUGGAGAACGCCCUUAUGUGUGCUCUGUUUGUUCUAAAGCUUUUUGCCAAUCAAAUGAACUAACAAAGCACAUGAGAACACACACAGGUGAAAAAUCUCAUCGUUGUGAUAUAUGCAAUAAAGGUUUUAAUGGCUCAAGUACGUUAAUAGUUCAUAAAAGAUCCCAUACAGGAGAAAAACCCUUUGUGUGUAAAAUUUGCAGCAAGUCAUUCUCGCAGUCCAGUUGUCUGACUACACAUAUGAAGCGUUAUGGUGAAUCAAAGUACACUUGUGACUUAUGCAAUGUAUCUUUUCAUUCGGAAAAAGUGCUACAAGAACAUGUAAAAACUGAUGAACAUUUGGCAAAACUCUUCAAAUGUCCAACUUGUGACAAAUAUGUUGGUUCUACGCAAAGUGAAUUUGAUAAACAUAUAAUAAGCGAACAUAUUGAUGCUUUGACUAUUAAUAGUAGCUAACAUUUUUUCAGAGAAACAGUAGAUAACUAAGUGUAAUAGUUUUUUUUUAUUUAUUUAUUUAUAUAUUAUGAUGAAUAGAAAGUUUUGAUCAAUAGAUCCCAUAUUUUUA